UUUAGGUUCAGAGAAAAAUUGAGAGGAAGGUAGAGAUUUCCCAAGUACCUCCUGCCCCACACAUGUAUAGUCCCCCUAUUAUCAACAAUUCUCAGCAUCUGAUGGCAGGGUCUGGGGAAGGGGCGGUAGGCACCAUGUUGGGCCACGAAAGUGGCAAGAAGAAGCCUCUGAAGCAGCCCAAGAAACAGGCCAAGGAAAUGGACAAGGAAGAUAAGGCAUUCAAGCAGAAACAGGAGCAGAAGAAAUUCGAGGAGCUAAAAGCAAAGGUCAUGGUGGGGAAAGGCCCCUUGGCCACAGGCAGAAUUAAGAAAUCUGGCAAAAAGUUAACUGUUUGUUGUGCCUGAGACAAUGAUGAUUCCACUCCUGUUUAAACAUCUGGAUUCCCUGCUAUAACAUCUUUUGCCACCUAUAGCUAGAAUGAAGUGCUGUCUUGGAGCCUAUUGUACAUUUAAAAAUAAACUUUUGUAAAAAAAAAAAAA